ACUGUCCACAUAAAGUAUUAUGGAAGCUAACAAAAGACUCUCAGAAGUGUGUAAACUAGACUUGUUACAUCGUCAGAGGGUAUCUUAUAGCUCCAUUACGUGGCAGGGCAGUGAGUCACAGAAUGAGAAAGACUUGAAAAGAGGUUACUUCCAGUGGUUCAAAAGAGCUUCUGAAAGGAAACAAAAGCAAAAUUACUCUUUGGCUGCCUUGUAUAGUAGUGGACAUCCUUUCUACUUUCGAGCUGCCUAUACAGAUUCAGAGGAGGAGGAAACUUUGGUUGUGACCGCUAAUUUGUCAAGUGAUCCUUGUCACGUUAUCAAGAAAGUGAAAACUUCUGAGGUUUCCUCAGAAGUUUGGAAACCAGAAUGGCCAGAAACAAAGGAAUUACAAGUAGGAUUGAUGUGUUUACUUGCAGAGGAAAGAAAGCUUUUAGUAUUGAUCGAUCCGUGUUCAAUGCUACUGCGAGCCUAUUCCUUGGAAAAUCAUGAGCUUUAUUGUCGCAUUGAAGCAAAUGAUAUACAAUGGAAGAAUGGUAUUGUCAUAGCUAUGACUGUGGUUUACUUUCGAGAUACUUUGAAUAUCCUUUUGUUAAGUGACUCCUUAGACGUAUAUUGUGUAUCUUUGGCCAGUGAAAAUUCUGGCAAGAAUCCAAAAUUUUCAAGUACUUGUGUAAAUCUGAAGAUGAAAUACAAGAGACUACUUGGUGCCAGAUUCUCUCGCAAUGAAGAGAAUCAAAUCAUAUUAGCUUUAAUCCUUGAUAAGAAUGUCAUACUGUUGCAUCUAGUCAUGUCUUCACAGUUUUAUGAUCAGUUGGAUAAUAACGUUUUAUCAUCUUUUUCAAUUUCGACUCAAAGUCUUGGUGCAAAUUAUGGUUUUCCUCAAGAGGUUUCUGAUGAUAGUUUCAAAGAGAUAUGGAUUACGUAUUCUCCGAAAGUUCUAGUUGCUCGUGAUGUUUUCCAAAAGAUUGCUUAUGUUUGGCAUUGGGAUAAGGAAAGCAGUUGGUCUAAGAAUAUCAAGAGUGACUCACGUCUACAGUCGAAUGCGCCGAAAAUUACUAUCGAAAACUGUGAACGUUUGAUAAGCUUAGAACAGCACAACAUUUGUUAUUUGGAUUCAGAGACACAUUCAUUUCGCUGGAUGAAUGAAGAUUUGAUUGGACUGUACGUAGAACUUGGUCAAGGAGAUGCCCCCGUGUUUCCCGUAGUUGCCAUUAUGACGACAAAUAGCACUUCGCUCUUUGAUAUCCAAUCACCAUUAUGUAAACUUGCUGUUGUAGAACUUGCAGCAUUAGAGUCACGUAGUAGUCAUGAUAAGGGAGUGGAAUAUGCGUUGGAGUGGAGAGGAUGGACAUUGGAGAAGAGCACUGCAGAGCAUGCUUUUUACAAUGCUAUUGAAGAAAAAAACUAUGAUUUAGCACUGAAUAUAUCACAUUUUCACAAGUUACUUGAUGACAAUUCCAUUAUUGCCUUGUGGCGUAUAUCAGAUGGCGAUGCGGACGCUGCUAGAAGUCUCAUUCAAAACGUAACAAAUCCUUGUGUGAUUGUGGAAGAAUGCUGCCAAGGAUUUGCGUCAUCACCUGCUGCUUUGAAGCUACUUCUGAAACGUGCAAUGGAGGUAAUAGAAGAUCCUCAUUAUGCUUCGAAAAUAGAAGACGUAGACAAGAAGAAGAACCAACUUGAGUUUUGGUCUUCCUUAUUGAAAUUGUAUCAAGAUGAAAGGCUUUCUGACCUGUUGGAAAUGACUGAAUUUUUUUCUUAUCGUAUCCCGUCUUUUCUAGAGAGAAUUGCAUGUUUAGGCUUGACUGAUAUUAUUUAUCGUUUUCUCAAAACAGAGUCCAUACUGAAGUUUUGCUUUACAGAGGCUACACCUAUUACGGAUACUUUCUGGCCAAUUAUUGGAUAUAUUCCGGAAGUCAUACCUCCACAAACAUAUGCUGAUUUACUAGAGUUUAUUAUGGAACGUUUAAUGCAAGUAGAGAACGAGAGAGCAAGAUUAUUUCAACUUGUUCGUCAUCGAGCAUUUCAGAUAGAAGAGCGAGAUGGUGAUUUUGAUAAUGUUGCUCAAUGGUUGCAAAUUUUUAAUGAAAGAAUAUUUGGCAAUUGGUUUGUAAAGGAAAAGCAUCGUCUGGAGGAACUGAUGAAUGCAGUCAAAGUAGAAGGUGCGCCAAAUAAUGUUUCUUUCUCCGCUUAUUGUGAUCAGAUGAAUAUGGAACAACAAAUGUUAUUUAUAUUAUUCCAUGAUACGCGACCUAGAGAAGCUAUCCUUCAAGACCUUAGUGAGGACUGCGUGGAAUACUUCAGGCAGAGACUAUAUGGAAGCACUUUCCGGAUGUUUAUAAGAAACCGUUUGGAGGAGAACUCCGAAAUGAAGGAUAUUUUAGAACAACUCUUAUUUCAUUUUCUUUCUCUCUCUGUUGUAAGGACGGGCCCUGUUGGCAUUAACUUUGUUGCCACAUUCUUACAGUUCUCAGUCACAUUUGAUGAAAUCAUUUCUAGUACUGUCCAUUUGGAGAGUAAUGUCUCAGAUGAUUCACUACUGAAGCGAAAUAGAACAAAUGUACAAUUCGCUUUGAAGGUCUCGUACGAAGCAACUUGUCGUGAUCCACUUUUUGUAGAAGAAUAUGGCUUUACUUCGUUAGAUAAUUCUUCUAUUGUUCGUUUAGAAGAUCCUCGGCACUGGGAAUGUGAUUGGGAUAUUGAAAUAAUUGACUCUUUGGGUAUUUUGUUUGAAGCAUUGCCUACUCGAGUACCGACUGAGAUAGAAAGCCAGAUACGAAUGUUUGAGGAUCAUCUUAUUGUACUGGACUAUUUAUGGAAGUACGGCGGAAGAUUUUCACUGCAGUUUCUCCUCAAUGUCACUGGCGAUCAUCCAAAUUCGGAUGCACUAAAGCUGUUGAAGAAUAAUUUAAAGAAUAUUCCACUACGAGAGAUUGAAGAAAUUUCUAUUUCGUUUCACCUGGAUGAGGAAAAUUUGACGCAAAAGGUACAAUCAUGUUAUGAAAGCCUAACGGAUGUUUGUCAACGCUUGGCAUUUGUGGAUCCUGAGGAACCUCUCCAUUGGAUUUGUGAGUCAUUAUUGAUUUCAGAGUCUCCUGUUGAUGUAUGUUUCAAGUUCCUGAUUUUAUUGAGACAAGAAGAACAAGAAAAGUUAGUUGAGAGUCACAUCAUGAGAAAGCUACAACACCAAUCUAUUGUUGAAGCACGAAAAUGGAUAUCUUCUUGGCUGCAAUUUAUUGCAAAAGAGCGUUUUUCAGAGUCCAGAGACGCACAAACAAAACAUUAUCGGGUCUUGCACAAUCUUUGUGAUGUUCAUGACCUUCUCAAUGAAACUUUUGGUUUAGUGCCUUCAAAUUUGUUGUCUCUUGCAACAGAUGAAGAGAUGAAAAAGAAUAUUCUUUUUCAAGCUGCUGAUUCUAUAUGUGCUCAGAUAAACAAGUGGAAAAGACAAAGUUUUGAGUAUGUAGAACAGCAGAUGGUUCGGCUUGGUUCUCUUUUAGAACUUCCGAAGGAGUUGAGUCAGUUGGCAUUAGCAACAGGCUCUUUCAAGCAAGGUAAGAUGGAAUGGACCAUUGCGAUCCUUCGAAUGUUGGUAGAGCGACAAUAUGAAGAUUGUUGGGAACUUUGUAACGCAAUUGUCGCUUCAUAUCUUUCGAUGCGUGUACUUCCAGAAGGAAUAACGGGCAGUGACUUGAAGAUGUUAGCAUAUUUUGCUUAUUGUAAUUGUCCGGAUGAAGAACUUGUUACCUGGUCUGAACACUUGGAAGAGUAUAUAGACGGAGAGUUUCCGAACCAGUCGAGACAAGCAAACAACGACCAAGCCAAAUUAUCUUCAAGUUUCUCUUCACAUAUAUCAUUUUCCAUCAAUCCCGAUGCUAGAGAAUUAUUGAACAACAGUUGGUCCUGUAUAUUUUAUGAGACCGAGGAUCAUGAAGUUGGUUACAAAUCGUUAGAACAGUUAGGUCCUUAUGACGGAAGAUAUGAAAAACCAUUGUUCGGUGUGAAUAUCGGAAACUCAAACAUGUUGAACCCAUGCGGAGGAGAUCUCAACGAAAUUGCUCCUUUUAUUUCAGUUUGUCGAGAAUUUCUGGAGAAUGGAUUGGCUGGAGCUUCUACGGCGUUAAGUAUACUGUCAAAAAUAUCUUCUUCGACUUGUGAUGAAACUUGGAAUGCAAUAAUUGAUCAAAUGCAUGAUGCUUCUAUAAAGUCUCCGCUAAAAGCUGGAAAAGGCUUGAUUGCAUUUGCUGAUGGUUAUCGUUAUUUAUGUCUUGUUAAGCAAGAUGUUUCUUUCCAAAGUCAAUUGGAACAUUAUUGUAUAGAUGAUUGGUGUCAUUUGAGGUUUGCAGAUGUAAUGAGUUAUUGUGAGGAACAGCAAACAGCAUGGAACUUAUGGAGUGAAUUUGUCGAAGAAUGGGAUUCUUAUCAAGUAUGGAAAGCAACUUUUGAUUCUUCAGGAGAGGCUAACGAGUCGAAUUUUGAGAAUGAACUUGAUUCUUCAUCGAAACAACCAGGAAAGACUGCCAUUCUCAAGCUUUGUGAGUCAACUUCGUUAGAUGAAGCACAACAGGUGGUUUCUCGUGCCAUCAAAUUUGGAGUUUCCGAAUGUUGCUGUCGUACAGAAUUGUUAAGAGCUGCCAUCAAAAGAUAUUGCACGAAACCUGACAAGUCUCUGGAGAAAUCGAUUUUUAGUUUUGUGGAGAAUUAUAAGGAUAUACUCGUACGUCAAGAAGAUGGACAGGAAUUGGAGCAACGUUUUGAAUCAUUUUUGGAGCAAGUUUCGGGAGAUGACUAUGGUGCCUUGCAAAUGUUGUUUAAGAUAGGCACCAUGUUAUUUUUGCAUGCAGGAUUUAGUUCCAAAGAGAAUUGGUGUUUAAAGAGGAACUUGGAAUUGGAUGCCUUGAAAGAUUUCUUUGACAAGUUUGCGCUACAUUACAAGAGAAAAUUCAACUUUAAGAAGUUGAUAGCAUUGCAUGAAGAAGCUUGUCAGGAGGAGUGGUUAUUGUUCAUGCAAGGUUUGGAUUAUAAUAUUUCAAGAGAUGAAGAGUCAAAGUUGCUUGACGAAUUGUGUGGCUUAGCAAAUCAACUACAUGCAACUUUGGAUGUCACACCUUCUUCGUCUUGGAUAAGAGUUAUGUGGAUUCGUUUUAGAUUACAGUUUAUAUGCGAACAUUCAGAAUCUCCGUUGAUAGCAUUGGAGGAAGAACUGUACGAAAAGGUAGAAUGGUUGCAAACGUGCGAGUUGCAGGAUUUGGUUCCAUUUAUACGCGUUGGAUUACGAAGUUUAAAGGUAAAGCCAGGUAUUUCGGUACGCUUGGAUAUCGUGAUGUGUGCGUUUCACAGUAUUUCUGAAACAGAAGUGGCAACUAUGGAUCAAAACAGUCAAUAUUAUCAACAUUGGAAACAGCUUCAAAAUGAACGUUCGACACUGGAGACAAUUGCAAGAAUAUCAGAAUGGCUAUGGUUAGAACGAACGGACCUAGCAGAAUAUUUAUUUGAGCAAUUGGAUAGGGAAGAUAUGGAUUAUUCUCUCUCAAAGAGAGUUUUUGUAGAGUUGUUAAAGACAACCAGUCAAAUACAACUUUCGGUCGAUAGCGUUUAUCGUGGAAUGAAAUGUCUGGAUAGCGAAUGGUUAAGUUCGGAUGGAGUUACACCGGAGGAGUUGUUUAAGGAAGUUUUUAGCUCAGCAGUCGUUGAAUUGCUGAAUGAUUUGAUGAUGUCCGUAGAACAUGCGGAGCAACAUAAGGGAUGGACUCCUUGGCAGAUAGGAAGAUGUAAACAUCUUUUAUCCAUAUUAUCAAAAGCUUUGAUGCAACAAGGACAGCAAAAUGAUCAAGAUCCUAUUAUGUCUUCCAGUCCCUCAACCGCAUGGGAACAAUCUUUGUUGCCUAGUGAAGAGGAAGACGUAGCAUUAGAACAAAAUACUUUGCUUUACAAACAAACGUUGGAAAAAUGUUUAGAAAGAGUUCGCUCUUGGGUUCAAAAUUUGCGUCAAACAGUCAUAGAAUCAGAAUGGGUGCAUUUUAAUAGUCUCAUUUUGGAGUUAAUGGAGUUGGCAAUUCAGUUGGAACAACUGCAUGAUUUGGAGAAUAAGGAAACCGAUUCGAAACAGUGGAAGUGGUGGAAACUAAUGAAUGAAAUGACGGAGAUGUUAUCUUCACAAGAGAAUGAUAGUAGUUCUGUUAGUUUGCUGCAGCAUCUUUCCAAUUUAGACCGAAAUAUUGUGGAAAAUGAAGUCGAUGCAGCAAAUGCUAUUAUGGAGGAAUUGUUUCCUUUAUGUCAAACUAUACAUGAUUAUCGUAUAUUGAAUGCUUUUAUAAUAACUCUCGAUCAUGUAGGCAAUUUUAUUACCAAAGAGCAAAGUCAUUUUCGUCAAGUUGUUUUCGUAUGGUUGGAGAAAUUGAUUCAACUUUGUCAGGAUCCAGACAAUGCAGAGGGGUCCUCCUUGAUCAUUUCCAUUACACAGUAUUUAGGAAACUUUGCAAAGAUGGGUUUGGAACAACAGCAUAUUGAAAGAAUGCUUGCCAAUCUUUUUGAGAAGAGACCUUUGUUGGCAUCCGUUUUGGGCGUUGUUAGUGGUUAUCCAUCGCUUUGCAAAUAUUAUGUAUCACAGUUGGAGAGAUUGGCACCUCAGGAGCCCGUUGAUCUUUCUAUAUUGCCUUUAGUUAAAAAGUGGGUCUUGGAGGAUACUUCUCAUAGGUUGAUUUGUGUUGGUCGUUCUUGGCUAUUUGCAGUUCUGGUGCCUAGUUUACUGCAGGAAAAGGAAGAAAUUUUGGAUAAUAUUCUGGGCAUCUUGGUGGAUGCCGGUCUUAUGGAACAAGCAGGAUUGUUAUAUAUGGAAAAAGAAGCUAUUCAUCCUGCGUUUCGCAAUAGGCAUUCAGCGAUUGCAUUGAUGAAACGCUAUUAUAUUACGCGUUUAAAGGAAAUGGGCACGAACAGCAAUCCUCCUGAUCUUAGAAAACAUUUGUUGAUGAGACUUAAAUAUUUGGAAAAAUACUCUUAUGAAUAAAACGAGUUGCUUGGAAUGGAAUGAGAUAUAUCCACCUUCAGAAGACACGUU